ACACGAUCGUAAGUUCGUGACACACCCAACUCUUUGUCACGGCCUACGCACUCUUGGGCAAUAAAAAGUAAAAACCUUCGUCAAUAUUCUCCAACGCAAAUUUUGAAAAACAGGUUUCACGACAACCGUAUUUCUUUGACGUACAAAUCUUUGCUUCAACUUUCCUUUUUCUUCCUCGGCUGUCAUUCUCGCGCAAAUCUCAUUUCGAAUAGCCGGCAAAACCCUAGGACAUGCCUUGAUUUCCAUAAUAUCCUGAAGUUUUGCCUUCCGCUAUCCCAUUUCCCCUAAUUUUGAAAACCCUACUGUGAUUUUUUCAUUUUUCUUCUCUUUCUGAUGGAAACUUUUGGAUGAAUAGUCACUUUUCCCAUCUAGGGUUUCAGCUGCAUUGUGCCUUCAUUAAUGGGGGCUUUACCCAACAACCGGAAGCGAGGGAACGAUUAUUACAACUCUCUGGUUUCGCCAUCAGCCCCAAUCGACCAAUCGUACUUUCGCACUGCCAAAAAGCUCAAGCAUUCAUCUAUUCCGGCCCGACGCACACAGGGAAACAGUCGUUCCCAACCACCGAACUCGAUUGCCUCGAGAAUUGCCAAGUAUCCGGAUAGAAAACCGGGUUUUUCACGAGAGGUUCAUGCUCCAGUAAGGAAUUUGAGAUUUGGAUUCUUUUCUUUUGGUAAGAAAAGUGAAACUGCAGGUAGCUUUAAUGAUAGUCCGGAAAUGGGGAUAUCCCAUGCAGUUUAUCGGUCGUGUGAAGAAGCUAGGACGGUCAGAAAUAGAAGCCUGAAAUCUGUGAAUGUGUGGAAGGAGACCAAAAAGGAGGUGAUUGAGGUCGAUAGUGAGGAUGAAGACAGAGAUGGUGUCACUGAUGAUGCCAGCAUUGAAGAGUUGAAGAUUGCGGAUUCUGUAGGCAGUAAGAGGAAGACCAGGCAAAAGGAUGUGGAAAACUCGCAGAAACCAAAUUUGAAGAUGGUUGAAAAUGAAGUGAGGUCCUUAGAUUCGUCAGUUGUUACAGAUGCAAGUAAUGCUGUUAUGGGAGUGGAAGAUCGGGAUAAAGUUGAUUAUAUGCAGCUUGAUCAGGGAUCAGAUGAUUCUGGAUUGCCUUUGUAUAGAAGGUUGCUAGAUCGAAUGAAAAGACAUGAUGUUAAGCUGGGAAGCUUAAAUUGCGAGAUAGAAAUGCUCGAGAAGUGCAUGCGGUGGGUUCAUUUACUGUGGCCUCAAAAGAAAGAAGAGCAAAUUAAGAAGGAUGUGGCAAAAGAGUGUUUCGUGCCCCUUACGGAGAAGGAAGAGAGUGAAGUUUCUUAUGCCUUGUCAAACUCGAAUAGGAGGAAAAUUUUGGUGACUCAUCAAAAUUCAAAUAUCGAUAUAACUGGAGAGAAAUUGCAGUGUUUGAAGCCAAGAGCGUGGCUUAAUGAUGAGGUCAUUAAUUUUUACCUUGAAUUACUGAAAGAAAGAGAAAAAAGGGAGCCAGAGAAGUUUUUGAAGUGUCAUUUUUUCAACACUUUUUUUUACAAGAAGCUGAUCAGUGGUAGGGGUGGCUACAAUUUCCAAUCAGUUAGAAGAUGGACUACACAAAGAAAGCUUGGAUAUAAUCUUUUGCAGUGUGACAAGAUAUUUGUGCCCAUUCACAAAGAAGUUCAUUGGUGUCUAGCGAUCAUCAACAAGAAGGAUAAGAAGUUUCAGUAUCUUGAUUCACUCAGAGGGGUCGAUUCUCAAGUUUUGGAUGUGCUGGCCAGAUAUUUUGUUGAUGAGGUGAAGGAAAAGUGUGGAAAAGACAUUGAUGUUAGUUCCUGGGAGAAUGAAUAUGUCACAGAUCUUCCUGAGCAGGCAAACGGGUUUGACUGUGGCAUGUUUAUGAUCAAAUAUGCUGAUUUCUAUAGCAGAGACAUUGGAUUAUGCUUUAGCCAGGAGCAUAUGCCGUAUUUUAGGCGCAGAACAGCAAAGGAGAUUCUGAAAUUGAGAGCCGAGUGAUGCACAGAACUUAUUCAUUCGCCAUAUGCUACAAUUUUUCGAGUUAAACUCGGUGGUACUCAGCACACUAUUGGUUUGCUGGUGAAAUUCAUCGCAAGAUGGCCGUAAUCCGUAUCUUUAGCUGUACAUGAGUAUCUGUGGUGAGAUUGAAAUAGAUGUCCACCUGAUCAUGGAAAAGUUAGAGAGGUUCUGCGUGGUUGCUCUUUUUUUCUUUCUUUCUUUCUUUAUUUUUUUCUUUUUUGGCCCCCCUUUUUAUAAGCACUUCUGUUAAAUUCCCAAUGGUGUAUGUAUGUAUUCUUUUUUUGUUAAUUCAACUUUUCCAGAAGAAAAGAAGGAUUUUGUUUCAUGCCCUCGCGAAACUAAGUUAUGAAUCGUUAAUAAUCCAUCUUUUACAUGCCAUUAUGAUAUCAAGUUAUGAACCAUGAAGUGAAUUUGAUCUCAUUUUUUUUGACCA